GCAUUCGGGCUGUUGUGGUCGUGGAGUGUGGAGCUGACGGAGCCCCGGUGCGGAGUCGGGCGGCGUGGCGUGCCUUCUGCUCGGGACCUGCUGUAGCGGCGCCGGGUGGCGACCGUCGAGUGUGCUGACCCGUCGUGACCCACGGUGACCUUUGGUGACCUGCCGUGGCCGUGAGCGGUGCUCUGUGUGCGGCUGGUGCCGGCCCCGGCCGGGGGAUGUCCGCCGCUGUCUGAGCGUGCAGUGCCGCCGUGCGGGAUGUUGCGAGUUUGAGGCGUGUGACCCGACCUCGGUCCGCCCCGACCCGGUCCGUGAGCGUGCAGUGUCAGUGAGCGCGAGACUCACCCGGAGCAGCAGCCAUGGAUGUGUACCCGAGCGGCAACAUCUUCCAGGAGCUGAAGCUGGUGCUGGACAAGGGCUGCUUCCUCUCGUCGUGCUCGCUGGAAGAGCGCUGGCAACAGACAUGUUACGAGAUGGAGAAGUACCUGAAGGACGAGCCGAAGCUCAAGUCGUACAAGAAGCUGCCGUCCGAGCUGGACUCGGCGGCGGCGCGGUGGAAGUCGGAGCCGGAGCCGGACGACGGCGAGUACCUGUUCUCGUCGCGCGACUCGCUCGACUCGCUCAGCGUCAGCUCCGGCUCGUCGGCCAACUGGGAGACGGCCAGCGUCAAGACCGAGGAGCCCGAGUCGGAGAGCGACUCGGAGAUGGAGGACGCCGCCGGCCGGCUGCUGGCCCACUCGCUCACGCCGCCCUCCAGUCCCGAGUGGCCGCCGGCGGCGCGGCUGGCCGGCCGCGGCACGCUCCAGGUGCGCUUCACGUCGCGCGCCGGCGGCCUCAUCUCGUGCCUGCCGGGCCUGUCGCUCAAGGCGGGCCACGGCCGGCCGGCGCGCGCCGACUCCUCGCCAGAUGGCAAGCGGCGGAUACACAAGUGCCUCUUCUCCGGCUGCAAGAAGGUCUACACCAAGUCGUCCCACCUCAAGGCCCACCAGCGGACACACACAGGCGAGAAGCCGUACCGGUGCUCGUGGGAGGGCUGUGAGUGGAGGUUCGCCAGGUCCGACGAGCUCACCCGACACUACCGCAAGCACACGGGCGCCAAGCCGUUCAAGUGUGAGAGCUGCGAGCGGUGUUUCUCUCGGUCCGAUCACCUGGCGCUGCACAUGAAGCGCCACCAGGCCGAGCUAUGAUAGCGCCGGCCGCCAGCCGCCGCCGCCGAGCCGUCAGGGACAACACUGCCACAGCGUCAUUCCAGAGCGCCGCGCCGGCCGCCCUCCUCCCACCUCCCGGCUCCCCUCUGCAGAGGGGCAGAGGGGACGGGGAGAGGAGAGAGCGCCGAGCCGGACACUCGCGUGCCGCCCGCCCGACGCGCCACAAGAUAAAUCGCCGAUCGGUUCGGAGGCUCUGUUUAUGAAAUUUGUGACCGCCAGUGCCGCUCGCUGAGCCGCGGCUCCGCGGAGCGAUUUCGUCCGGUAGCAGCACGCCGAUAGCGCCGACACGCGAGGCCGCACCGGUGACGGCCCACGGCAGGCUGUCGGCCCGUCACCCGGACCCGCUGUCGGCAGCGGCGCGGCUCCGCGACACACUCCGUUCAGUUGGCGCCGGCCCCGCCGCUUCUCCGCCUGCCAACGCGACCGUCACCGGCCGCAAACAGGACUGCAUCGCUUCCGACUAUUUUUUGGUGUUCUUACUGUCCCUGUGACGCUAAACGCAUCUCGCCGGUGAUUCUGUCCCAAUCAGAGCCUUCGAGUUCCGCCGCGUGGCGCGGAGCGGGCACCGAGGACGGAGUCGAGAGUCCACUGCUCGUGGCUCGCGCGGUGAGCGGGGGACCGGCCGACAGCCGCCCCCGGAACAGACUCGACGGCGUGGGGUGUCCACAGUUCAAAGCUAACAAAGCUUUAAUGGCGCGCGGCGGCGAGAAGACGAUGGUGCGAGACGAGAGAGCGACGAAGUGCAAACCUGUCCACCGCGCGGAGCGUGAUCCGGCGGUGGCGGGACGAAUCUGUGAUGAGCGACGCGCCGUGUCGGUGUGUCGGCUCCCGGAGAUGGCCGACCAUCUCCGCGGCGCGCACCUAUGUGUCUCUGAGUGUGAGUGUGUGACCGCGAGAGACAGCGCCGCGCGCGAGUAGACUGGCGUAGAGCGGACACGGUCCGCCGCUGUGUCCGGUUUGUAUGCGUUGUUUUGUUGUUUGGUCCGAGCGCGCAGUGGGUGAACUCUUUUGGUCGCCGUUUUGUUUUUCGCCGUCUUCGAGAAAACGAGAAAUUGUCAGACUCGUCUUCGCUGUGACUCAAUCAAAAUAACCACUCGUACACCGAAAGCUUCCUUCAAAUUAUAGAGUAUAUCCAACUUUUCAGCCCCGAUUGUAAGGUGCUUCUUACAAACGAUAUGGCGGUCGAGUUUCUAAGGUGCGCGCUCUUUAUAUAAAUGAAAUUGUGACCGAGUUGAUCUUUAUGCGCGUGAUAUGUGGUUAGCGAUAACGAAUUCCUUGGUCGUCAAUGAUGGUUGAGAAAGAUGCGUCUGCUAACUCAAAGUGCGUGUUCGUCAUUCGAAUUUUGUUUACGAUGAAAUGCAGGCCUUUACGGCUGGGAGCUUUAGGUUUAUAGCUAACCGUGAUGUGAGACUUUGUCACCGCACCAUUCAGCCAUCGGACGUACAUUGUGAGUAGUUGACCAGACAUCAACCAUCGUGUUCAUGAAUCAUGCAUCUUGUCUCACGCGUGUGACUAUAAUGGUGCGUCCGACUGUCUGAGCUGCCUGUGUGCGUGCGACUCCGACACUGCUUACUGGGAUAAACGUCAACCGGCCCUGGCCGGUCUAGGGCCGGUCUAUGGCGGCCCCAGAUCGGCGCAGGGCCCGUGCCGCCCAUCCGCCUGCUCCGCCUCUGGUCUCUCCGUCUCUCUGUCUCACUUGUCGGUCGGCUCGGAUCUCAGACUGUUCAGUCCGCCGCGGAAGGGUGCCGUGGCGCACGUGCAUUGCUCUCGGCUGUCCAGAGAAUGGUCUCUGUUUUCCGACGGUUCUUCUGUCUCUGCUUCUGGUGACGCCUCCUGUAUACUGAGUGCGAACGAGUCAUAAAGAGGGCAGCGAAACGAA